AUGCCAGACAGCCUUGACGCAUGCCUUCGAAACUGUGUUCAGCAAAUGGCAACCUGCCCUGCUCCUGCUCCAGAUUUGCGGCCAACUGGACCAGAGUGCCAGCAUGGAUGUGGUUGGACAGCCUUUCCUGGGCGCACUACAUGCUGUCGGUCCUGCCAGGGUAACGAGGGCCCUCAUUCCAAGGACUGUAGCACCAAGAAUAGACCGAGCCACACAAGUGGCCCAUUGUGUGAGCAAGGAUGUGGAAGAAGAUCUUUCGGGUCUUUUACAACAUGCUGCACUCGCUGCCGUGGUCCAAAAGGCCCUCAUGCUGGCGAUUGUGCGCACAAGGGAGUCAACGCCACUCGUGGCGUGGAUUUUGACUUGGAGGAUGGGCUGAGGCGUCAGCUGGAGGAGUGGCACGCAGUCGGAGCCAUGCAGAGCGCGCAGCAGGUGCAGGAUGUGAUUCGAGAAUUGUCCAGUUCAGCCGGAGUUGCUGAACAGGUUGUGAAGAUGUUGUGGCUGUCCAUAGCCAGGCAAACAAGGCCAUCAAAAGGCCCUUUGGCUGUGUACCUUGACCUUGCCAAGAAACACCAUGGCGUGGAUGUGGAAGUGAUCGAUUUGGGCCAAUACAGCGCGAAACAUAGCAAUUCCUGCAUGUUUCUGACUUGCGCGGUUGCCUUGGCGGAGCGACGAGAAAAAGGUCACGAUGAUGGGCCUUUGGGGGUUGUGGGCGACCACAUCGAGGUGUCAGCGCCUUUCGGCCAGACGAUCUCCCUACCGGAUCUCAUCCAAGAGCACCAAGAGAACCCCUACAGUACAUUGGGUCGGAUGGCUGACGUUUUGCGCCACGCAGCCUGUGAAGUUCUGUUGUCAGACAAGGACUAUUUCCUGCCCUUCUUCCAUCCAGUCGCAGCGGCGCAUAGCGAGCCAAGCGAGGAUGCUUACGAGAAGUGGGUAUCUAAGAUGCGAGGAGAAGAAGAAGGUGACGAACUCGUCAUGCUGGCUCUAUCACGGCUUUGCGGUGUGGCAGUCCAGCCUGUUCAAAAGAGCGGGUAUCGAGUGCCUUUGAUGGAUCCCUGUGGCGAAAGUGAAAGCCCGACUGGAUGGAUAAGCUACUGGGGCAACGAUGACCGGCAUUGGGUGUGGCUCAGGUUGCGCGGAGGAUGA